CACUUUCAUUAAAUUAUACCUAACCGGAAAUCAUGUUGUUUCCUCUCUCUUUUCUAUUUAGCACAUGCAACGUGCGCGUGUAUUGGUUCAGCGCUAAUCAAUUUUGUUUAAAAAGAAAUUGAUUAUCUCGACCAGGAAAGCAGUUAAACAAUGGCAAGUACAAAAGUUGAUAACCCUGAAAAACCAGGACAAGAAGUAACUCCUAUUCACAGAAUUAGGAUUACAUUAACGUCACGAAACGUGCGUUCUCUCGAAAAAGUUUGUUCGGAAUUGAUAAAUGGAGCAAAUAAACAAAAAUUAAAAGUAAAGGGUCCAGUUCGUAUGCCUACCAAAAUUUUAAGGAUAACCACGCGUAAAACACCAUGUGGUGAAGGAUCGAAAACAUGGGAUCGUUUUCAGAUGCGUAUUCACAAAAGAGUUAUUGACUUGUAUUCACCAUCAGAAAUUGUAAAGCAAAUUACAAGCAUUUCCAUUGAACCUGGUGUUGAAGUGGAAGUUACAAUUGCAAAUGAAUAAUCAAUUUAAAAUAAAACUGUAUGAAGUUUCAAUAAAAAUAUAAAAAAUU